CAGACGGGCAGAGGUAGGGUUGGUUCACGUUCUUGUGGAGCUGGCAAGAUGGCGGUCUCGAUACCACAGGUGCUCUUCUAAACGACCAUUCUCUUUGUCUCCCCGAGCAUCAUCUCAGCGACGAUGAGUACCAAGCACUUCUUCCCUCACACAGAAGGCGUGGUUGUUCAAGGGCUAGAGUCUCUCGUAGCACGAAACAAGCACCUUGCCCUCGAUGCACCCAACAAGGUUGUCUAUUCACGGACCCACCGUCCGUCGAAGGUCACGGUGAUCUCAGGAGGCGGAAGCGGUCACGAACCGGCAUGGAGUGGCUACGUUGGGGAUGGCAUGCUCGCUGCAGCCGUCAAUGGGGAGGUAUUUGCCAGUCCUUCAACGAAGCAGGUCAUGGCAGCUAUUAGCCAUGUCCCGUCUGAUGCUGGCAUCAUCCUGUGUAUCACCAACUAUACUGGCGACAACCUGCACUUUGGCCUUGCGAGGGAGAAAGCAGCCGGGAUGGGACACAAGGUCGCAAUAUUGCGAAUGACAGAUGACGUGGCAUUGGGACGGAAACAGACCGAGAACACGGGACGGAGAGGUCUUGCGGCCAAUAUGUUCGUGCUUAAGCUAUGCGGCAGCAUGGCGGAGAACGGGUACGACUUUGAGAAGUGCAUGCGAAUUGGAGAAGCUGUGAACGCGAACGCGGUCACUGUUGGGUCUUCCUUGGAUCAUUGUCACAUACCCGGGCGGGAGCACCAUCGUUCAGUUCCAGAAGACACAUAUGUUCUGGGGAUGGGUAUCCACAACGAGCCAGGCCUGCACGAGGUGUCUCCCAUGCCACCAGUAGAGGAGAUAGUAGCGGACAUGCUCAAGUACUGCAUGGAUCCUAACGACAAAGACCGAGCAUUUGUGGAGUUUAAGCCGGACGACAUUGUCUGUCUCUUGAUCAACAAUUUCGGCGGCAUGUCCAACUUCGAGCUGGAAGCCUUGACGUCUGUGACACGCAGAGUGCUUGACCGUGACUGGAAGAUUCAGCCCACCCGGGUUUAUGCACAGUGCUUCGAAACUUCGCUCAAUGCACCAGGCUGGUCAAUAUCUCUACUCAACAUCACCGGCAUCGAGCGUCAGACCAACGCUUCCGUCUUUACACUGUUGCAUCUGCUUGACGACGAGACCAAAGCACCCUCAUGGCCACGCAACGGUUACAAAGACAUGAAAAUACCGAAGGAGACCGCCAAAGCUCAGGCGAAUGGCGUUGCAGACUCAUCUGCACAAAAGGGUCCACAAGUGGAUCCGGCCACGCUCGAAGCUGCAUUGCGAAAAGCGUGCGAAGACGCUGUGAAAGCAGAACCGGAGAUCACAAAGUGGGACGUCCAGAUGGGCGACGGCGAUUGCGGCGAGGCUGUAGAAGGUAUGUGCAAAGGCGUCCUCAAAAAGCUUGACAGUGGGCUGUGCAAAGACGGUGCGCUGUUUCACAUCUUGGAUGAGACGGAAGGCGCGGUCGAAGAGAUUGGCGGUACCCUGGGCGCUAUUAUAUCGAUUGUAUUGGCAUCGUUCACUUCCAACCUAAGGCUAGCAUAUGCGAAGGACGAGAGUAAUUUCAGGAUGGACAUAAAAAGCGCUAGCAUGGCAGCUGGCCAGGCGCUGAAGAAUCUGUGCGGUUAUACGAGCGCAAGGCAAGGCUCGCGGACGGUCAUGGAUGCACUGAUACCGUUUUGUGAGACGCUGGAAAAAGAUGUCGACCUGAAGAAAGCAGUAGAGGCGGCUGAAGAGGGUGCCAAGAGCACAUCCGGAAUGCAAGCGAAAUUCGGCAGAGCUUCCUACGUUGGUGAGAAGGGUGCAGAAGCAUCGCAAGAUGCUCCUCCGGAUCCUGGAGCAAUGGCUGCGGCCAUAUUCCUACGUGGCUUACUGGACGGUAUGCAAAAGUAGUUGGUAACGUCCGCUAUACAUUCCAAGCAUUUGCGUCACACGUAUCGCAUCCCAUGGCUACGGAGAAGGUAUGCUUCGAGGAUUACAUCGCUUACACGCAACGACCGCCAUCGACGGGCAAGUCGAUACCGGUUAAAAACUCUCCUUCGCUGCUGCACAGGAAAGCGCAAGCAUUUGCGACAU